AUGAAGGUUCCGUUAGCCACUUUUGCAAAUCCAUUUGGGUAUACUACUAUCAGACAUUCGUGGAUUUUACCGUACAAGUUUUUGAGGUUAUUCUCGACGUCUCCAGCUUUGCGUUCGACUAAAGAACCUACACCGCAAACAGUUAAACAUAAAGUCCGAUGGUUUUAUGCGCUGGACGUUCCCAUUUCUAAGCCUGAAUGGUACAAGUACGAGAAAGUCAAAGAACCAGAAUCUUUUAUACCAUUUUCAGAAUAUGACUCCAAACAGCUUGAACGUGAAUUCUCGAAAACAGAACGCAAUCUUAUUGAAGUAAACGAAGAUAAAUUAUUUCAGGUUGAUUUAAAGAGUCUAGAAUUAUCACCCAUAUACUGGGAUGGGCCAAUUUACGAAGUGCGCAGAGGAUUAUGGUUCAGUUCAGAUGGAAUGCCGUUGAAAGCGGAGAUAACUAAAGAAAUUGAAGAUGGAUUCCAGAAAUUGAAACCGUAUACUUACGAAAACGCAAACGAAGAGUACAAAAAGACGACCAAAAGUAAUAAGGAGAAGAUUUCUGCAUUCAACAAAUUGAAGCAAGGUCUGCAAACAGAGACAAAGGUUGAUUUAGAUAAACAAAAGGAUGUCAUCAGAUUGAGUAAUGGCGAACUAGUGUUGUACUUUAACAAAGAUCAAGCGGUGAUAUUUCCUGGAGAUUAUGAUUCUGAGUUCCAAAUCGAUGUAAUUCGUUAUUUUGGACCAAAGCCAGUUUCGUUGUUGGGAGUUAACCACAUUCAGCGUGGAUACUCAGAAGAACUUAAGGAAUCAUUUUUUGACAAAUUAUCCAAAACAAAUCCUCUACCGGGAAUAUCAGAUGCAUUUAAAGAAGACUUUGGUUCCAUCAUUGGAGGGGAGAAGGAGUCUAACAAAAGCAGUGAGGAUGAAAUGAGUGAUGUUAAUGAUUUAGAUGACAUUAACAUGCAGAAGUAUUUGGAAUCCGACUACGAUUUAGAAACCUCAAAAUUAAAAUCAAAUCGUGAAAUAGACCAUUUGGUUUUGUGCAUUCAUGGAAUUGGACAAGUUUUGGGAACUAAAUAUGAAUCUGUUAACUUUACACACAGUAUAAAUGUGUUGAGGAACACAAUGAAAAGUGUUUUUGAACAAAAUGAGGAAUGCCAGAAGUUGGCAGGAGAGCACAAUCGCACUAACAACCGAGUUCAGGUCUUGCCCAUUUCAUGGAGGCAUCGUAUUGAUUUCAAUCCUCAGCAAGAGUUUGACGCUCAGCUGCCUUCUAGAUUACCGACAUUAUCGCAGAUAAAUGUGGAAGGUAUUCUGGCAUUGCGGGAUGUUGUCGGCGAUGUAGUGUUGGAUGUGUUAUUGUUUUAUCAGCCUAGAUAUUUGAAAGAGAUAAUUACAACGGUAACUUCAGAAUUGAAUCGUGUAUACAAACUAUAUCUUAAAAGAAAUCCAGAUUUCAAAGGAAAGGUACAUAUUUUGGGGCAUUCUUUAGGUUCAGCGAUUGCUUUUGAUAUUUUAUCUCAGCAAAGUGGUUCGUUGGAUGGGCCACUUGACAUUAACAAAGACUUGGCUUUCGAUGUUGACAGUUUAUUUCUAGUCGGUUCUCCAGUUGGUAUGUUCAAAUUGUUGGAAGAAAAGGGUAUUGUUGGAAGAGGCUACAAAAGUUCUGUACCCUCACAAGACGAUACUUUCGCCUCCCCUAAAUGUGUGAAUUUGUACAACAUCUUUCAUCCGUGUGAUCCAGUUGCAUAUAGAAUCGAGCCCUUGGUCUCACCGUCAUUUGGAGAUUUUAAACCCGUCGAUAUUGAAUUUGCAGUAAAGGGACUUAAUACUCAAUUCAAGGAAUUGUCAAAUUUCGGAGAUGAGUUAUCGGAGAAGAUUUCAUCUGCAACAAAAUGGUUAACUUCCAGUAAAAGCGAUGGAACUGAGAAAACUGUUGAAGAAAAAGCAAAUAAGGAAAAUGCCCUUGGUGAUAUAAUCAAGGGAGUUGUAAUGCCCGAGGAUACCAGCCAAGAUCAUAAAGGGUUGAAGAAAAAAAUUAUUCUGGGGCAAGCUUUGUCCAAAAUGACAAGCUUAAAUAUGACUGGAAGGAUGGAUUACAGCUUACCUCUUGGUGUUUUUGAUGUUUCAUUGGUGUCGGCCAUCAGUGCCCAUGUCUCAUACUUUGAUGAUGUAAAUACUGCUGGAUUUAUUUUAAAGGAAUUAUUGACUAACAGAAGUACCCUGGUAGAAGAAACAACUGUUGCAUUAAAGAAGUAA